UUUUUUCUCUGUUCUGUUGUCAAGGUUUAUUUUCAUGGAUUAAAAAUUUAUCAAUUUAUUUUGAUGAUUCUGGAGGCUCUGUACAUCAUUGACGAUUUGAUUUACUGUGCCUUGUCAAAAUGUUGCGCUUCCUCAGCCGACGAGGGCGCUCAUCCAGCCAGAAUCGAAACAAACAGGCCCAGAAAAGUUCAAGCAACAAAAACUUGAUACAGUGCAAGGUAAUGUUACUUGAUGAAACUGAUUUAUCUAUCAAUCUAUCUAAAAAAGCAAGUGCUGCAGAUCUCUAUGAACAAGUAUUUUAUUCCUUAGAUUUAAUUGAAAAAGAUUAUUUUGGACUUCAAUUUACUGACACAAACAAUGUUAAACACUGGUUGGAUCCAACUAAAACAAUAAAGAAACAAGUUAAAAUUGGACCCCCCUAUACUUUGAGAUUAAAAGUUAAAUUUUACUCAUCUGAACCCAAUAAUUUAAGAGAAGAAUUGACAAGAUAUCAAUUUUUCUUACAACUAAAGAAAGAUAUUUUGGAGAGUAAAUUAGAAUGUCCUCAUUCCACUGCAGUAGAGCUGGCUGCUUUGGCUCUGCAGUCAGAAUUAGGAGAUUUUGAUGAGUCAUUGCACACACCUGCUACAGUAUCAGAGUUUAGAUUUGUGCCAAAUCAAACAGAGGAGAUGGAAAUAGAAAUAUUAGAAGAGUAUAAAAAAUACAAAGGUCUCACUCCAGCUCAAGCUGAAGUAAAUUACUUAAAUAAAGCAAAGUGGCUUGAAAUGUAUGGUGUUGACAUGCACAUUGUUUUGGGUAAAGAUGGAUGUGAGUACCAUUUGGGUUUGACACCUACUGGUAUACUCGUUUUUGAAGGACCUCAAAAAAUUGGGUUAUUCUUUUGGCCCAAGAUAAGCAAAUUAGAUUUCAAGAAAAAGAAAUUGACGCUGGUAGUCGUUGAAGAUGAUGAUCAAGGUCGUGAACAAGAACAUACAUUUGUUUUCCGCCUGCACAAUGAAAAAGCAUGUAAACAUCUUUGGAAAUGUGCUGUAGAACACCACACUUUCUUCCGCUUACGUGCCCCAGUUAAAGGACCUUCUGCCAGGCAAAACUUCUUCAGGAUGGGAUCGAGAUUCCAAUACUCGGGCAAAACAGAAUAUCAAACCACACAACAGAAUCGAGCGCGUCGCACAGUUCAAUUUGAGAGACGCCCCAGUCAAAGGUUCGCUCGACGUCAGAGUCAUGUUUUAAGGGAACGUGAAAAACAGAACGUAACAACAAAACCUGAAACUCCAUCCCAGUCUGAAGUCAAUACCGAGAUGCCGAGUACUUCCACUGAUACUACGCCGCUCAUGCCGGAAUCUGCACUCGAUACUCUAUCGAGAAAGAGUAGCGCGAAGUCACAAAAAUCUUCGUUAAUUGAGAUUGAUCCGAAGCCAACUGAAAUAGGAGAGCCUUCAACAAAAAAUAUUAUGAAUGACGAACCAGUGGAAGAGGUGAAGAUAUCUAAGGAGGACGCUAUCAGCAAUAAAGUUUUGUUCAAAAUCGAUAAAGGUAAUACAGACGAGAAGAAAAAUAAUCUAACACAGCUAGUUAUAAACAAGCCGUCUUGUAAUUGUUCGCCUGCCGCUGAAUUUAAUCCACUUAAUGAUCUUCUUAUGAGCCUGGUGAAAGAAAAAUUGAAUAACGAUGACUCUAAAAACGAAGCUAAGAAAGAUCAACUAGAUUCAUUGUCGGAUAAGGAGAUACCGAACAAUCAAGCAAAAUGUUAUUUAUCUUCAAAUAAGAAUCUGCCUCCGGGACAGCUAAAGUGUAACAACAUUCUUAAAGCUAGAGAGAAUGAAAUUAAAAUAAUUAAUGAGUCUACAAAUAUAAAUCUAUCUAUUCCGUCGACACCUUCACCGAAAAUACUAAACGAGCCGAAUUCGCCGUUGGCAAAUAAUUCUCAGUACGUCUCAAUUGUCGUUGUCGAACCUCCGCGUGCCCAAACCAAGAUAGCUUCGCCUAAACCAGUGGAUAGAAAAGAAGAUGUUGUACCCAAAUCCCAACCGAUAUCGUCGUUGUCACCUUGGCUCGUGACUUCUGAACCGAGUUCUCCAUCAGGUAUCGGAGAGAAGGAAAUAACUAUCAUUCAUCGUAAGUCAGUCAUUACUACACAAUUGUAGGAAGCAUAUUCCAGCAUUCAAACAUAUUUUAAUACAUAUAUUGUACUUAAGGGUGUAGGAUAACUAUAAGUAUUGAUACCUUCAUAAUAUUAUAGAUAGUCUGGUGCUGUCAAUUUUAAUCGAGUUCUCAAUUAAAAAGGUGCUCUGGAAUUAUUGAGUAAUUUCAGUUGUCAGUGAUAUACACACAGCAACUAAGUGCCUUUUACAUAAACUAAAUGUUAUUUCGCUUUUGAAGUUUCGAAGGAAACCUAAAGUGAGAUAAUACCUUAUUUUCGCCUUUAUAUCUGUCGAACUUUUUACACUUUUAGGUUAAGAAUUAUGUUUUCCAUAAGUUUAAUUUUACAUACGAAUUGGUUUUGGAAUAUUGUAUUAAUAACAAUAUUGGCCAUAAAAAGCACUGGUAAUUUGAUAUUGCGUAAAGAAACUUCUUGGCCACGGAAUGUAGUUGCAAACGUUACAUUCAAGUUGGUGCCUUUUAAAUGUUUACAAGAAUGCUUUCAAACUGGCCUUUAAUGCUAUCAAAGCUAGCAUGAAUAUUUUUGCAUCCAUUUUAUUUACUGGUCUAAAUGAUUAUCUUAAUUUUAAUUGUGUUUCGAAUGUUAAGAAAUAUUUUUAGAUUUGAGAUAUACCAGUAUACGUAUU